GAUGGAGGGCUGAGGUUCCCACCCUCACUCCACCCGCUUCCCCGGUCCCAGCACCCAGGGACCUGCAGCUUCACCCUUCUGGCCCCUCUAGGCCAAGGGCAGUCAGCUCUGCCGCUGGCCUUCCUUUCCCUUUCUUGUUUUGAGUGUCGGUCUGACCUGCAACCCCCGCCCCCUCAGGGAGGCGCCUCAGGGCUGCCCGCCCCUCCGGCCUGGUUUCCUCAGGAAAAGCCCUGGGAGGAAGCAGGGAGGAGGUCGGGAGCUGUGGGGGCCAGAAUAACCCAGCCUUCCCUGCACUGCUGCCAUGGGGCUGUGGCUGCUGUUCCCACUGCUGCUGCUCUGGCCUCGGGGGACUCGGGGGUCCCAGCUGGACCCCAGUGGGCAGCACGUCUGUGUGGCCAGCAGCCCCUCUGCUGAGCUGCAGUGCUGCACAGGCUGGAGGCAGAAAGACCAAGAAUGCAGCAUCCCCAUCUGUGAGGGGCCAGACGCCUGCCGGGAAGAUGAGGUGUGUGUGAAACCGGGCCUCUGUCGGUGCAAACCUGGGUUCUUUGGGGCCCACUGCAGCUCCCGCUGCCCGGGCCAGUACUGGGGCCCCGACUGCCGCGAGAGCUGUCCCUGCCACCCACACGGCCAGUGCGAGCCGGCCACGGGCACGUGCCGGUGCCAAGCCGACCGCUGGGGUGCCCGCUGCGAGUUCCCAUGCGCCUGCGGCCCCCACGGGCGCUGCGACUCCGCCACCGGCGUGUGCCGCUGCGAGCCGGGCUGGUGGUCGUCCACCUGCCGCCGCCCGUGCCAGUGCAACCCCGUGGCGGCGCACUGCGAGCAGGCCACGGGCGCCUGCGUGUGCCAGCCGGGCUGGUGGGGCCGCCGCUGCACCUUCCGCUGCGCCUGCCACGGCUCCCCGUGCGAGCAGGACUCGGGCCGCUGCGCCUGCCGGCUGGGCUGGUGGGGCCCCGACUGCCGGCAGCAGUGCCAGUGCGAGCGCGGCCAAUGCAACCCCGCCUCUGGCCAGUGCACCUGCCCUCCGGGCUUCCGAGGAGCGCGCUGCGAGCUGCCCUGCCCGGCCGGGAGCUACGGGGUGCAGUGCGGACUCAGCUGUGGUCACUGCAAACAUGAUGAGCCAUGCUCUCCAGACACAGGCAGCUGUGAGUCCUGCCAGCCGGGCUGGAAUGGAACUCAGUGCCAGCAGCCCUGCCCACCUGGCACCUUUGGCAAGAGCUGCGGGCAGCAGUGCCCUCACUGCCAACAUGGGGAGGCCUGUCAGCCAGAUACCGGCCACUGUCAGCACUGUGACCCCGGCUGGCUGAGGCCCAGGUGUGUUGACCCCUGCCCCACGGGCACCUUUGGGGAAGACUGCGGCUCUACCUGCCCCACCUGUGUUCAGGGGGCAUGUGACGCUGUGACAGGGGAAUGUGUCUGCAGUGCCGGCUACUGGGGGCCCAGCUGCAAUGCUUCCUGCUCAGCCGGCUUCUAUGGAAACAACUGCUCAGUUCCCUGUGAAUGCCCAGAGGGACUCUGCCACCCUGUGUCCGGGUCCUGCCAGCCGGGUUUUCGAGGUCGUGCCACUGCCCUCCUCAUGGGCAUCCUUGUGCCCCUGCUGCUGCUCUUCCUCGGCCUCGCCUGCUGUGCCUGCUGCUGCUGGACCGCCCACUCAGACCUCAAGGACAGGCCAGCGAGAGAUGGAACCACGGUGUCCAGGAUGAAGCUACAGGUCUGGGGGACGCUGACCAGCCUGCGCUCCUCGCUCCCGUGCGGCUCCCUCAGUGCCCACAAGCUCCCCUGGGUGACAGUCUCGCACCACGACCCGGACCUCCCCUUCAACCACAGCUUCAUCGAGCCACCCUCUGCUGGCUGGGCCUCCGACGACUCCUUCUCAUCCGAUUCUGAGUCUGCAGAGGCAGAUGAGGCUCCGGCCUACUGUGUGCCACCCCAGGAAGGGAUGGUCCCUGUGGCCCAGGCACAGUUGUCAGAAGCCAGCCUGGCUGGAGGUGCCUUCCCUCCCGAGGACGCCUCCACGCCAUUUGCCAUCCCACGCACCUCCAGCCUAGCUCGGGCCAAGCGGCCGUCUGUCUCCUUCGCCGAAGGUACCAAGUUUGCGUCGCAGACUCGCCGAAGCUCAGGGGAGCUCUCCAGCCCACUCCGAAAGCCCAAGAGGCUCUCCCGGGGGGCACAGGCAGCUCCCGAGGGCCAGGAAGCAGAGGAGUCCACAGGCCCAGAGGAAGCAGAAGCGGGAGAGUCCCUUCCCAUGGCUGCCAGCCCCGGGGAUUCAGCCACUGGCCACCGGCGGCCUCCCCUGGGUGGCCUGACAGUGGCUGAACAUGUGGAAGCCAUUGAGGGCGGCGUCCAGGAGGCCUCAGGCCCUGUGACCACAAUCUACGUGCUGGCCGGGACACCCCGGGAACCUGGAAGCCCCAUCCGGUCCGUUUUGCGCCAUUUUGGUGGCUUUCAGAAAGGCCAGGCAGAACCCAAGGUCAAGAGGGCCAUCCCUAAGCCUCCACGCCAGGCCCUGAAUCGGAAAAAGGGCAGCCCUGGUGUGGCCUGUGUCACCCAGAGCCCCAGCUCAGCCCCAAAUGCCAGGCUCCCGGGAGCCAUGGGGUCUCCAGCAGCCAGGCCAGAGGAAGUGGCCCAGGGGCUGGGGGCUGGCACUGAGAGUUCAGGGGGCACCCAGGAGCCAGUCUCUGGGGGUGGCUCCCCAGAACAGGAUCCCCAGAAGCAGGCUGAAGAGGAAAGGCAGGAGGAACCUGAGUAUGAGAAUGUCAUGCCCAUCCCCAGGCUACCAGAGCCCUGAUGACCUUGAAUCUGGGGAGUGGGAAGCCUGGAGGGGACAAGAGGGGGCACCAGAACUGCCCAUGGACUAGACUGUGCUGUGUGCUGGAACAGUCCCAGGGCCCGGACAGACAUCCCAGAGCCUCUGCCCUUCCACAGGGAAAAGGCAGGGUUCGAGGCCAGCUGACUCAGGGCCCUGGUGGUGCUCCCAGAGGGGGCUGGGGAGGCCAGGGGCAGAGACCCUGCGGGAGGGUCAGGGAGGGAUGGCUGCAGGGACUUCUCCUCUGCUGUUUGAAGAAGGGCUAUUCUUUCUUUCAUGUGAAAAACAUUUUUCUGAACUGGGAAACAACCUAAAUGUUUGCUGAUAAAAGAUUGGCUAAACAAAUAUUUCUUAUGGUAAAUGACUACACAACCACUAAAAAUCAUGUUGUGCAACAAUACUUAAGCUGGGAGAAUGUCCACGCUAUGCGGUUAAGUGUAUGAAAAGUAAGUUCCGAGUUAUUGGAUGCAGUAUGCGUCCAUUGUUUUCUUUCUUUCUUUUUUUUUGAGACAGAGUCUUGCACUGUUGUCCAGCCUGAAGUGCAGUAAUAUGAUUUCAGCUCACUGUAACCUCUGCCUCCUGGGUUCAAAUGAUUCACCUGAGUCAGACUCCCGAGUAGCUGGGACUACAGGCCUGUGCCACCACGCUCAGCUAAUUUUUUUUGUAUUUUUAGUAGAGAGGGUGUUUCACUAUAUUAGCCAGGAUGGUCUUAAUUUCCUGACCUCAUGAUCCGCCCACCUUGGCCUCCCAAAGUGCUCGGAUUACAGGCAUGAGACACCGAGCCCAGCCACUUUUUUUUCUUUUUUGAUAUGGAGUCUUGCUGUGUCGCCCAGGCUGGAGUGCAGUGGUGGGAUCUCUGCCCACUGCAACCUCUACCUCCAGGGUUCAAGCGAUUCUUGUACCUCAGCCUCCUGAGUAGCUGGGAUUACAGGUACCUACCACCACUCCCCGCUGUUUGUAUUUUUAGUAGAGAUGGAGUUUCACCACAUUGGUCAGCCUGGUCUCAAACUCCUGACCUCAGGUGAUUCACCCGCCUUGACAUCCCAAAGUGCUGAGAUUACAGGUGAGUCACGGCAUCCAGCUGUUUUACAAACUUUUUAAAAAGGAUGUAUGUGCAUAAAACAGAUUCAAGGGAAAGGCACUAAAUGGUAUUUUCCUCCAGAAGAUAAGAUUGUAGGUGAUAUUUAUUUUCCUCUGAAACUUUUGUAUAGUUUGCAAAUUUUCAACAGUGAAAAUUCUUUUUUACUUUUGUGACUAGAUUGAAUUUCAUAAAGUACAUUAAAAAGCGGUGAUCUUUGUUAAAAAUUUUAAAAGUACUAACAUUAUAGACAUGUGUAAAGUAAAACGAAGAUUUCCUUUCUCCCCAGAGGCGUCUGUGGGUGAAAACAGAGACAGAAUCUCCUUA